UUCGGGGUCGUCCACGUGUCUCAGAUCUGGAAGACGAGCAGCUAGGCGUAUCGCGCACCCACGCGCACAAUAGCAUUCUUCUCUUAACUGCGAAUGCGCUUCCCCCUCUCGUCUUUGUCGCCUCUCUGCAGUUCCGGUAGCAACAAUCUGAGCAAUGCUCUGUUCGAUCUCCACCGGAAAAUCCGGUUCCAAGUGGCUCGACCGCCUCCGGUCGGCCAAAGGUUUUCCGACCGGCAACGACGAUGAUCUCGAGCACUUCCUCACCCACCGAGACCCUAACCUGUCCAAUUCUCCAAUCACCAAACCCUCCGAUCCCAAAUCCAUAUCCGAUUCCACUUGCUCCGAUGAAAAGCCGGUUCAAGAUCGGAGCCAGCCGCCGGAGACCGGAGAAAAGGAAUGGUUUGGUAUAAUGAGCAAUGUUCUAGCGGAGCUUUUUAACAUGGGAGACUCCAACCAAAUCCCCAAGCUUUCCGGGAAGAAGAGUUCCAGGAAACAAACAAACCCUAAAAUCUGCCUUCUCUCGAGUGUGCGGCAGGAGGAUGAGGUUCCGGCGACGGCGCCGUCCAGCGGCGAUAACAGUUUGACGGAGAUGAAGGAUUCGAACGGCGAGGUGAAGACGGUAAAUCAAGGGAAGGUUGAUUGUUUGGAUGCUGAGGAAGAGAAGUGCAAUCAGGAUCUUUCGGCGUACUCGCGGAGUGAAGUGACGGUGAUUGAUACGAGCUGUGCGGUGUGGAAGUUUGAGAAGUUGUUGUUUAGGAAGAAGAAUGUGUGGAAGGUUCGAGAUAAGAAAGGGAAGUCGAGGAGUAUUGGGAGAAAGAAGAGGAAAGCGAGUGAAUGCGAUGAGCAGUUGGAAGCGAGGAAAAAGAUGAAACUUUCUGUAGAAUCAUUCAAGGAAAGAAAUGAAGAAGAGUCUGCAAUGCCAUCAAAUGAAGAACAAAAUCCUCACAAUGCCAAAAAGGAAGAGUGCAAAGAGACUUCAGAUGGUCUCAGCCAAGUUCCUAAAAAGAGGUCGCCUUUCUCUAGAUUACCCAGGAAAUCAAGGGAGGGAGGCUCACCUGUUAUCCUUGUAAGAGGCAGCAAGAAAACUGGGGCAAACCUUCCUAAAAUCACUCUCAAGGAUACUUCAAGACGGCACAAGGCUUGAUCAAUCUGCUAUUUCAAAGGUCUGAAGCAAAACCGGCAGUCAUCCCCAGUACAAUCAGCUAUCUGCCAUUUCUCCCCUUGGUGCCACCAGAGAUUCAACCACAGCUAUUUGACAUCUCCCCUUGUGAGGGCACAAGCCAUCCAAUAUGGGCAUUUUGUUCCAUUUACUAAUCUACUUCCCUUUUGGAAAAAGUUAAAGAGGAGUUCAUGAUAAACUUUGGAUUACAUCUAAAACAACUUCAUACCCGACCUUAUGAUUCUGCAUUUUCCUCACCAAUCAACCAUGGUGUGACCUUAAUUUAUCUUUAUUUUGUAUCCCAUUGCAGCAAUCCAUUAAUAAUUUUCAGUUCUUUUUCAAUUUUCCUUGUGUAACCUGUUGGUUGGAAAUACCCAGAUGUAGUUCGUGACUGUUGAUGUUGUUCUCGGUGGUCAUUAGGUAAUUGGAAACCCUAGAAUAUUGGCAGGUGAUGGGGAGUUGCCUAACAAAAACACCCAACUAUUGGAAAAAUCUUUUUCAGUAAUGGAUUAACCAAACCCCAUUCAAAUUAUCCACCAUUUACUGGUUUUUUGAUGCCAGUUCUGAAUCGAAUGAGUGAUUUCUUAAAUGAUUUUUCCUGCAAGAUGUGUUUGGUUGAGGAGAAACUGAAAGAAAUCCAAUUCUCACUGGUGGGUGCUGAGGGAGGCAUGCUAGCAAGGCAACAGGCAUGAAGCACCAGUAUAAAACGACGUCGUUUAAGGAGUUGGCUUUGAUUUCAUUCCAUUGAGAGAAAAACCUGUCAACCGGAGAAACAACCAUUUGCAGCGAUGGCCGCUCUACUCUCUUUGCUUCCGAAUCCAUUCUCUUCUUCUUCUUCUUCAUCUUCUCCGUCGCUCCCUUCGGUACCCAUCAAUACUCCGGCAACACCUCAGUUCUCAGUUGCUUUAUCUGCAACUAGUCAUCUUCAUAAUUGGGUUUCUGUGAUCAAUGCUAGUAUAACCAGAACCAGUCAACUGAAGACGCUGUUGCUGCCCAAAUGCUUCGCCAUUAACAGCACCAUCUCCUCCUCCGAUGUCUUCAAUGACACGGGCGAGUAACUCUCUGAGUCCAUUUUUCAAACACGUAGCGCCCUCUAAAAUUGGUUUUCCUUUGUUGCAGGAUCACUCUUCUCGCUCUUCCAAGGACUUGGAGUCGAUGAAAGGGAGGUGGAAUUACUUUUAAACAAGAACCCGGCUCUCCGGCUUGCGUCUUUUGAUUGUGUACAUGAACGGGUUUGUUCUUUAGAGUCACUUGGAAUCAAUGGGGUUGCGCUGUAUAGCUUGAUUACCAAAUGUCCAGAUGUGUUAACUGCUCCUGAAAUUGAUCCAUUAAUUAGUUUCAUUCGGGACGAUUUAGAGGGGAAGAUAGAGCCCGCCCAGAUUUGCCGUCUUUUGAAGGCCGCAGAACCAAGAUUCUUGGUGGGUUUUGAUGGGAAGGUUAGACUGCUCGUUCAUCAUGGAAUCCCCCAGGAGAGGAUUGCUCAUGUUCUCAACAAUGUUAAUUUAACCAGGGCAAUAUGCCUUAAGUCAGCUGAAGAAAUUGAAAAAACAUUCACCUUCUUGAGUCGUUUUGGCGCUGUUGAUAUAAUCAUUAAGCGCCCGGCAAUUCUCAAUUAUGACUUGGAGAGUCAACUGAUUCCUAGGGUUAGGGUUCUUGUAGAGCUCAGUGGGGGAGAUGAUGCUGCCACAGGAGUGGUUUUGCGUAAGCUCCCGGCAAUUUUGAGAUAUAGUGAGGAGCAUUUGGGUGGUCAUGUGGAGUUCUUGAGGUCAUUUGCCGGUCUUAGUGACCAGGAAAUUUUCAAGAUUGUAUGUGUGUUCCCUAAUGUUUUCAGUGCAAGCAAGGAGAGGAAAUUGAAUCCCAGGAUUGAUUUUCUCAAGCAAUGUGGGUUGAAUUCCUAUGAUAUCUUCAGGUUCUUGAUAAAAGCGCCUCUGUUUCUAGGGUUGUCCUUUGAAGAGAACCUCGUGCACAAACUCAGUUUAUUGGUGAAGAUCGGAUAUCAAUAUAGGACAAGGGAAUUGGCCAUCGCCAUGGGAGCUGUGACAAGAACAAGCUGCGAGAAUUUACAGAAGGUGAUUGGGCUAUUUUUGAGUUAUGGAUUAUCUUGUGAGGACAUUGUUGCCAUGAGCAAUAAGCAUCCCCAGAUACUACAAUACAAUCCCACUUCUUUGAAGGAGAAGAUUGAAUACUUGAUUGAGGACAUGGGUCGUGAAGUUGAUGAGCUGUUGGCUUUUCCUGCGUUUCUCGGUUACAAACUUGAUGACAGAAUCAAGCAUAGGUAUGAAGUAAAGAAGAAGAUUAUAGGAGAAGGAAUGUCUCUCAACAAGCUUUUGAGUGUGUCUACAGAGAGAUUCUCAAGGAGGAAGAAGAAGGAUCCAGCACAUACAACUGAGAAUCCGAGUGGAAGUAAAGGUUAGAUGAAUUGGAUGCAACACAUAUGUUUCUGUUUUUUAGUCUUCAUGGAUUGUUUUCAGCCCCAAGUUACCCCAUUGCUUUAUUCAAAGCUUGCUUGUAGCUUUCUCCUUGUUUGCGUCAUAUGUAGGGGAAUAUUGGUUCUCCCUAGUGGCUGGAGCUCAAACACUUGAGAAUGACACUAUUUUAUUAGUGCAUACAACUUGAAAUUAUUUCUUCAAAUAGCGAUAUUUUGGCUUU